UUAGUUUUGAUUGGUGUUAAGUACCACAUAAUGGUGAGCAUGGAAUAUUGCUUCACAACCCUCGUCUCGUCGACAUCUGAAACCAUGUUCAACCUACCAGCCCAUUUCUCCGCCAACCUCCACCAUACUACCACCUCCAACACCGCCACAUCCACCACUAUUACCGCGAUUAUACUAAUCAACACCAUAACAAUUCGUUGAAAUUUCAACAGUAUCCAGAUAAUCCUCAGACAAGUCUCUUAUAAUUUUGAAUCCAUAUAUUAUUAUCUUACCUUCUGAACAUCCGAAAAUGGCGGUUGCGUUUCAAGAUUUGUCUGCUUUCAAGAACUACAGCUCGUAUCAAAAGGACUCUGCAUUUACGCUUCCUAAUUGCGUCAAUAGCUACAGGAGGAAGAGUGCAACAUGGAGGUUACCAAAAGCUGCCAUAAUUACUAACCUUCAUCUUCCAAUGAGUAGUUUUGAAGUUAAAAACAGGACUUCUGUAGAGGACAUAAAGUCCCUGAGAUUGAUAACUGCCAUAAAAACCCCAUAUCUACCAGAUGGAAGAUUUGAUCUUGAGGCAUAUGAUGCCUUGGUGAACAUGCAGAUUGAAAAUGGAGUUGAGGCUGUCAUUGUUGGUGGCACUACUGGUGAAGGCCAGUUGAUGGACUGGCCGGAACACAUCAUGCUAAUCGGUCACACAGUUGGCUUCUUUGGUGGAUCGAUCAAGGUCAUUGGAAACACGGGAAGUAACUCCACAAAAGAAGCAAUCAAUGCCACUGAACAGGGUUUUGCAGUGGGAAUGCAUGCAGCCCUUCACAUCAAUCCUUACUAUGGCAAAACCUCAUUAGAGGGCUUGGUUUCUCAUUUUGACAGCGUAUUCCAUAUGGGUCCUACCAUCGUUUACAAUGUGCCAUCACGAACUGGUCAAGAUAUUCAGCCACGCGUCAUUGAUGCUCUGGCACAGAAUGCCAACUUUGCAGGUGUUAAGGAGUGUGUCGGAAAUGACCGGGUGGCACAGUAUACAAACAAGGGGAUUGUUGUGUGGAGCGGGAAUGAUGAUGAGUGUCAUGAUUCAAGGUGGGAUUAUGGUGCUACUGGAGUGAUAUCUGUUACCAGCAACUUGGUUCCAGGUUUAAUGCGACAACUUAUGUUCGGGGGAAAGAACCCAUCUUUGAAUUCAAAGCUCAUGCCUCUGAUUGACUGGCUCUUUCAUGAGCCAAACCCGAUUGGCUUAAACACAGCUCUUGCUCAGCUUGGGGUUGUGAGGCCUGUUUUCCGACUCCCAUACGUACCACUCCCUUUGGCCAAGAGGGUGGAGUUUGUGAAUUUAGUGAAAGAAAUAGGACGGGAGAAUUUUGUAGGAGAGACGGAUGUUCAGGUUCUGGGUCAUGAAGACUUUAUUUUGGUGAAUCGGUAUUAGUUGAUAGUCCUCCAUGUGUGAGAGCUAAGAUUUUAUUAUUCAUUGCUAUUUAUGAAUACUUUUGAGUUUUGAGACAGUAAAUAAUGCUUCUUCUCGUGCUACUUUAAUGUUGAGGAUACCUACUUGUAAAUUAUUGCUAUCCAUAUAUGGUGCUUACUAGUUGUUUUGUAGCUUUGCGAAUUUUGACUUCCAGUUAUGCAC